AUGGCGGCGAGGCGGGGACCGGGAUCCGGACGGGGAGCGGGACCGGCACCGGCGCUGCUGCUGCUGCUGCUGCUGGCGGCGCGGGCAGGCGCGGGCCAUACCGGACAGGAGGCCGCGGUCCAGGCACUGGCGCGGCGGCUGCUGGGACCCCGAGCCGCUGCCGUGGCCCUGUCGGUGGAUCCGGCAUUGGCGGCGGGCGGUACCGACACGUACCGGCUGCGAUCUCCGCCUGAAGCUGCAGUGGCCGUGGCUGUCACCGGUUCCAGCGGCGUGGCGGCGGCCGCCGGCCUCUACCGGUACCUGCGCGACUUCUGCGGCUGCCACCUGUCCUGGUCCGGGGCGCAGCUCCGCCUGCCCGAUCCGCUGCCCCGGCUGCGGACCGAGAUCCGCGCCUCUGCCCCCGGCAGGUACCGGUACUACCAGAACGUCUGCACCCAGAGCUACUCCUAUGUCUGGUGGGACUGGGAGCGCUGGGAGUGGGAGAUCGACUGGAUGGCGCUGAGCGGCAUCAACCUGGCACCGGCCUUCGCGGGGCAGGAGGCUGCCUGGCAGCGGGUGUACCGCUCCCUGGGCCUCAACCAGUCCGAGAUCGACGCCUAUUUCACUGGCCCAGCUUUCCUGGCCUGGAACCGCAUGGGAAACCUCCGCAGGUGGGCAGGGCCACUGCCACCCUCCUGGCACCUCAAACAGCUGUACCUGCAGUACCGGAUCGUGGAGAGGAUGCGCUCGCUGGGGAUGAUCACGGUGCUGCCAGCCUUUGCAGGCCACGUGCCCCAGGGGGUUCUCCGGGUCUUCCCACGUGUGAACGCCACUCGCCUCGGGGGCUGGAGCCACUUUGACUGCACUUACUCAUGUACCUACCUGCUGGACCCAGAGGACCCUAUGUUCCAGGUGAUCGGGACCCUCUUCCUGAAGGAGCUGAUCAAAGAGUUUGGCACUGACCACAUCUAUAGUGCAGACACCUUCAACGAGAUGACCCCCCUCUCCUCUGACCCUGCCUAUCUCUCGAGGGUCAGUAACGCCGUCUUCAGGUCAAUGGCAGGAGCUGAUCCCGAGGCGCUGUGGCUGAUGCAGGGUUGGCUCUUCCAGCACCAGCCGGACUUCUGGCAGCCAGCACAGGUGCGGGCACUGCUGCACGGUGUGCCUCUUGGCAGGAUGAUUGUUCUCGACCUCUUUGCUGAGUCCAAGCCUGUCUACCAAUGGACGGAGUCCUUCUACGGGCAGCCCUUCAUCUGGUGCAUGCUGCACAACUUUGGGGGCAAUCACGGCCUCUUUGGCACCGUGGAGGCCAUCAACCACGGCCCCUUUGCGGCUCGCCGCUUCCCCAACUCUACCAUGGUGGGCACCGGCCUGGUGCCCGAGGGCAUCGAGCAGAACGACAUGGUGUACGAGAUGAUGAACGAGCUGGGCUGGCGCCAGGAGCCCCUCGACCUCCCCACCUGGGUGACCCGCUACGCCGAGCGCCGCUACGGUGCCCCGAACGCUGCCGCAGCCGCCGCCUGGCGCCUGCUCCUCCGCAGCGCCUACAACUGCACCGGCGUCUGCGUCAACCACAACCGCAGCCCCCUGGUGCGCCGGCCCUCCCUGCACAUGGACACUGAGCUCUGGUACAACGCCAGCGAUGUCUACGAGGCCUGGCGCCUGCUGCUGAGCGCCAGCCCCGAGCUGGGCUCCAGCCCCACCUUCCGCUACGACCUGGUGGACGUCACCCGUCAAGCGGCUCAGCAGCUGGUGAGCAGCUACUACCUGAGCAUCCGCCAGGCCUUCCAGAGCCACGCACUGCCCGAGCUGCUGACGGCCGGCGGCGUGUUGGUCUAUGACCUGUUGCCAGAGCUGGACAACCUCCUCUCCAGCCACCGUCUCUUCCUGCUGGGCCGCUGGCUGGAGAGUGCCCGUGCCAUGGCCACCAGCAACCGGGAGGCUGAGCAGUAUGAGUUGAAUGCUCGGAACCAGGUGACGCUCUGGGGACCCAAUGGGAACAUCCUGGAUUAUGCCAACAAGCAGCUGGGGGGGCUGGUGCUGGACUACUAUGGCGUGCGCUGGAGCCUCUUCGUCUCUACCCUGGUGGAAAGUCUCAACUCGGGCACGCCCUUCCACCAGGACCAGUUCAACCAGGCUGUUUUCCAGGUGGAGAGAGGUUUUAUUUACAACCAGAAGCGCUACCCGGCUGUGCCAGCUGGGGACACUCUGGAGAUAUCCAGGAAGCUUUUCCUCAAGUACUACCCCAGCACCCUGCAGCACAGCCGGGCUGGGCCAGUGUGACUUUGACUGUGCCUUCAGAGCCUUCCCUGUGAGGAAGGUCAGAGCCCCUGCACCCUCCUGUGUCCAGGAUUCCAUAGCUCCAUCCAGGCUGAUGGCUCCAUCCUGGGAUGAAGGCGCUGAGCCCGGUGUCCCCCAGCCAGCCUGGAUCCGUCAUUCCCCUGCCUGGGCAGGAUCAGGGACAAGUCCUAUCCCAGGGAUCCAUCCUGUGCCCUGCUCAGCCCUUCCAGCCCCACUCGGAUGUCCUGAGCCUGUCUCCAGGAAAGCUGGGCUGCAGGCAUGAGCUGCCCCAGUGCUCCCAGCUGGAAGCUCAGAUGUGCAGAGGGACAGGACGCACAGGGCCCUGACUGGUGGCUCUGGUGAUGGUGGAGAGGCAGCCAGGGAGGUGGUGGAGGCAGAGCAGCCCCUGCCCAGGGGAACCAGCCUCACCCUUGCUGUGGCCCCAGGUCUCUGCCCCAUGGACCCCAGUGCCUGUCGGAACACUCUGCUGCAUGGCCCUGGCUACACUUAGUGCCUUCGAUAUUGAAAGAGACUUUGCAGUGCUUUCUGCAGUGUCUGGAGCUCUGCUCCUCAGGGAUGAGGUGUUUUAGGCCUUUCCCCAAAGCUGGAACUCAGGCAGAGCCUGGCUGCAGUGCUGCCAGCCUGCAGAGCCAUUAAAGGCUGCAGAGCGCUCGUAUCUCCCACGUUUGUCCAACUCCUCUCCCCA